AUGGCUGAACCAGAUGCAAAGGCCGCCCCGGCGAGUGGCUCGUCUGGUGGUCCCUUGAAACGGGAAAAGCCACCAAAUCCAGUAUGGAGAAUGAUGGGUCUGCCCAAUAUUCGCAUGAAGCUCCCCUCACGCAACUGGAUGAUAUUCCUCUCCAUAACUGGAUCCUGGACUGCGGCAGUCAUGUACGACCGUCGCCAGAAGAAGCGCAUACAGCAGAAGUGGGCCAAGGUUGUAGAAGACAUUGCGAAGGAGCCGCUCGAUCCACACCAGUUACCUCGCAAAGUCACCAUUUACAUAUCUGCACCACCGAUGGACGGACUAGUUUCAGCGCGCGACCAUUUCCACGAAUACGUCAAGCCGAUUCUUGUCGCGGCCGCGCUGGACUGGGAUGCGAUUGAGGGCCGGAGAGAAGGAGAUGUCAGAGCUGGGCUUGCAGAACGGAUACGGAAGUUGCGGAAGCGGAGGGGUGAGCCUUCAUCCGAGCCGAUUGAAGAAGGGCUCGAGGAGGAAAUAGAGGCACUGAGACAAAGAUCUGGAGUGCGUGAAUGGACGGGGCCUGGAGGAGACGUUGUUAUUGGACGACACACAUGGAAGGAAUAUGUCAGAGGGUUACAUGAAGGCUGGCUAGGACCACUAGAUGCUCCCAAGCCUGUUGUGGCGCCCGUUGAGAGUGUGAUUGCACCAGCGGAGCCACCAGAGCCAUCGCAAUCUGCCACAGGAUCAGCCGAGUUGGCUGGAGAUACCGGGGCUAUUGCAUCUACGGACGAUGCAUCACCCAUCGCUGUACAUGAAGCACCCAAGGUCGAAGAAGAAAAGCCCAAGGUCGAAGAAGAAAAGCCCAAGGUCGAGGAAAAGAAACCCAAGAAAAAAACACAACCAGCACCCUUCAUCACUACUGCCGAAUACCAAAACGCCACACUCUCCCCCAAUUGCCCUCAAUCGCUGGGUCCGGCCGCAGUAAUCCCUUUCCCACAUUUGCUAGGAUUCCUCAACUUCCCAAUUCGCAUGUAUCGUUUCUUGAAUAGACGGCAAGUAGCCGAGGACAUUGGCCGCGAGACAGCCGCCGCUGUACUCGGGGCAUACCGGCCUUUUGAGACUCCUGGAGAGGCAUCUGUAACCACCAACGAAGAGGGAUACAACAGUGCACAAUGGGAGCAACAACGACUCCUCGCCCACGAAGAGCCCGACUGGCACAAAAAGACACGGAAACAUGAAGAAGGUGAAACAAAAGAAAGAGUAUGGCUAGAUGAGAUGGUGCUUGAUCCCCGGAUUGCAGAGCGCAUGAGGAGAUUUGUACUUGACGCAGAGGUUGAAGAUCGCGCAAAAAAUGUCACACUCGAGCCAAAAGAAUCACGGUUUUCGUCACUGUGGCCAAAGGAGAAGAAGAAGGCGUCUGCUCUUGGCCUGAAUGAGGCGUUGGGUGUUGGCUUGGCGAUGAAUUGCCCCGCCAAUGACCGAAGCUUCGAGUUCAACUUCAGUGACCACAAGCUUACAGCACCACACGUUUUCCCGGUAACCUUGGUACUCGAGAGGCCAUUUUUGCCCUAA